AUGAUCCGCUGGUGGGGGGCCCAUGGUGGGGAGGAGCUGGACCAGCGAUCGCCAGUCUGUGCCAAGAUGGGUGAUGGCAACAUGCUUAUGUGUCGGCAGUGGUGGCGGGUUUGCUGGGUCUACGGCGACCAAGAGAAGUACUACCGGGCCUUGUAUGGAAGGAAACGUACCGUCAACGGGACGCAGACGGCUGCCGUCCAGACUACAGCUGUACUCACCAUGACAACCCAUCAACUCUACCUCUCCAGGACAGAAGACUGGAGGAGUGGUAUGGCGGAAGGAGGAAAAGCACCCGUUGACCCACCAAGCAGACAUUCCGAUGAUGAUUCUGGUUGUGCUUUAGAAGAAUAUACCUGGGUUCCGCCAGGUUUAAGACCAGAUCAGGUUCACCUUUAUUUUUCUGGAUUAUCAGAGGAUAAAAUACCUUAUGUCAAUUCCCCUGGAGAAAGGUACCGAGUUAGACAACUUUUACAGCAGCUUCCUCCACAGGACAAUGAAGUAUGUUACUGUAAUAACUUAACUGAGGAAGAAAGAAAAGAGCUCAAAAUAUUUUCUGCUCAAAGAAAAAGAGAUGCAUUAGGAAGAGGAAGUGCAAAAUUGGUGAAUUCGCCAACUUCGUGUGCAUUGUGUCAAGAAUUGUUAUCAGCUGGAGAUAUGUGUGUGCAAGCCUCAAGAGCUGGUUCAAACAAAAGUUGGCACCCAUCAUGCUUUACUUGUACCGUUUGUAAUGAACUCCUUGUAGAUCUGAUUUAUUUCUAUGAAAAUGGAAAAUUAUAUUGUGGUAGACAUCAUGCAGAAACUUUAAAGCCUCGUUGUUCUGCUUGUGAUGAGAUUAUAUUAGCUGAUGAAUGUACUGAAGCAGAAGGAAGAGCAUGGCAUAUGAAACAUUUUUGUUGCUCAGAAUGUGAUAAACAGCUUGGAGGGCAAAGAUACAUAAUGCGUGAUGGCAGACCUUAUUGUCUGAGCUGUUUCGAUACUUUAUUUGCAGAGUUCUGUGAUUCCUGUGGUGAAGCUAUAAAGGUUGAUCAUGGCCAAAUGAGUCAUGAUGGGCAACAUUGGCAUGCUACAGACAAAUGUUUCUGUUGCCGUAUGUGCCGUUCUCCACUUCUAGGACGUCCUUUUCUUCCAAGAAGGGGUGCAAUAUUCUGCUCUAUUGCCUGCAGCAAAGGAGAACCACCCACUGAAGAUAAAGAUAACCAGAAGUUAAGAAAAUCAAAGACCACAAGUAGUAUAAUAUCUGAAUCUUCGAGUUCACCACCAUCUUCUAGAAAAAUAAACAAUACACAAAAUUCUAUCCUACCAAAACCGAAAGCAGAAAUAGGAAUUUCAGCUUUUUCGUUAACUGCACAAUCACAACAAAAACUCAAGAGUUAUGACUCAUUUUGUUCCUAUAACUCUCUUCGAGAAAAUGUACUUAACAGAUCUCCAAAAAUGGGGAAAAAAAUGAUUCAAGGCUCCAUUCAAAAGUUUUCUGAAAAUGCUUUAUCGAUUCCUGAAAACCAACAAGAUGUUCUUCCUCUCCCUUCGCCAUAUAGUUACAAUAUUUCAUCUAGUAGUAGCCAACCAUUUGAUCAAUUACUUCUGGAAAAAACAUUAGAGGAACUAAGAAGAAGAAAUGAAAAAGAAGAAAUAGAAUCUACUAAUUCAAAUGAAUCUGAAAUGGAUAAAAAUAAGUUAGAUGAAAACAAUUUGGAUCGAUUUUUCAUGGAUGCUAAUGACAUUUUGUUACCACAAGUUGAAAAUUUUUUUAAGAAAACAGGAGAGAGUAGUGAUGAAUGUAGUCAAAACCAUGAAUCUGUUGGGUUGAAAAUUCCUCUUGAAUGUAAUAGCAUAGAGAAAGUUAAUUUAAAACCUUUUAUGCAAAGAAUUCCUGCAGAGGACUACAAAAAAAAAGAAAAGAUCAUUGUUCAUAAAGAAGUAGAUGAACUACUUUCUAAAUGUAGUGGAAGGGACAGAGAAACACUACAUUUUGGUGAAGGAGCUUGUAGUUUGGAAACGUUAAGGUUGACUGCCAAAUCAGCUCCAGAUUCAAUAGUAAGGAGAAAACCUUUGCCUGAAUUACCUGGACCUUCAUCACCAAAGAAAAAUCUUAGUGUUAGAUUUCGUUGUGUGAAUCCACAAGUAGAACAUAAUAAACCAAGUUGUAGUUAUAAAACAACUAAUUAUGAUUCAGACAGUUCAUGUUCAACUUGUUCAACAAGUUCUAGUGAUGAUACUAAUGCCUAUAAGCUUCCUCCUCGAAGAGCUUAUGGUGGUGUUAGAAUAUCUUAUGUUCCUAAUGAUGCUGUGGCGUGUGCUAAAAGACAACAAGGGAAUCAGAGUUCACUUAAGAAAACUGAUGAUAAAAAUUGUGUUAUUUCAUGAUAUUUUAGAACUAUUGAUCUAAUUUGUAUAUAGGAAUACUUGUACAUUGAAAUGUUGACUAGUGAUAAAUUGAACAUAUUGUAAUGAAGAAUAAUAUAAAUAUCUUUUUCUGUAAAUUAAAAUUCCAUGAAUAUCCCUGAAACUAUAUUGUUAAUAAAACAAAAGUGAUAAAUUCUGGAGUGUAAGAUUUUUAUCAUAUUGAUAAUCUAGUUCAGUAUUGAAUGUAAAAAUGUAUUAUUUUUUUUUUAGUCUUUUAAUUUUUAUUUGACAGUAAUAUUUAAUUACUGGUAGUUUCAAAAUUAAAGGACUAAUUUAUUUAUUCAAUGUAAAAUAUUAUUUUGCAAAAAUAUAUUUUUAUUUUCUUUGUGAA